GAUCUCGAAUAUCUUUCUUCUGUUGAUUACAAAUGCAGACAAACGUUCAGUGUAUUUGAGUUAUUCUUGCUGAGAUAAGAUAACCCAUGAAGUUCUUUCUUUCCAUUUUCUUCUGCUUCACUUCUAUUUCCUUUUCCAAGACAUUAGACACCUUAGCUCCAGGCCAAACUCUCAAAGACGACAAUGGUGAAACUCUCGUUUCCACAGGCCAAACAUUCAAAUUUGGCUUCUUUAGUCCCUGGAAUUCUACCAACCGUUACGCCGGAAUAUGGUUCAAGAACGUCCCGCAGCAAACUGUUGUCUGGGUUGCCAACAAAGACAGCCCACUCACGGACUCGUCCGGCGUCCUCAAUAUCACCUCCACCGGAAACAUAGUCAUCCUCAACAGCCAUUCCGGCAUUACCAUCUGGGCUGCAAAUUCAUCGGCAAAAAAUCCCGUCUUGCAGCUCUUAAACACAGGAAACCUUGUGCUUAACGAUGGUGGUUAUUCCAGCCAUGCUUGGCAGAGUUUUGAUCACCCAUGCGAUACGUUGCUACCAGGCAUGAAGCUUGGAUGGAACCUAAGAAAUAACCAGAGCUGGUUCCUGACUUCAUGGAAGAGUCUUCAAGAUCCAUCAACGGGAGAAUUCACCUACAAACUAGACCCUCGUGGGCUCCCGCAGAUUGUUCUUCGCAGAGGAAGUGAGAUUAUAUAUAGAAGCGGGCCUUGGGAUGGGGUUCGUUUUGGCGGAGAUUCGCCGCUCCACCAAAACGCGGUCUUUAAACCAAUCUUCGUUUACAACACAAGCUUUGUCUACUACACCUACGAAAACAACGACAGUUCUAUAAUCUCAAGGUUCGUGGUGAACCAGUCGGCGGGCUCGAUUGAUCACCUCACAUGGAGCCAGCGCGGCAAGUACUGGGUGAAUAUAGUAACUAUGCAGAGAGAUGAAUGUGAUAUGUACGAACACUGCGGUCCUUAUGGCAUUUGCAACAUUGACAAGCCGUCCCCUCCUUGCGAUUGCCCAACUGGGUUCACUCCAAAAGUAGCACAAGACUGGAACGUGCUCGAUUGGUCCGGCGGAUGCGUCCUAAAAACUCCGUUAAACUGUAGUGCAAACGAGGGGUUCAGGAAGUUUUCCGGGCUGAAGUUGCCUGAUAAUUCGCAGAUUUUAAUUAGCAAGACGGCGAUGAGGUCGGAGGAGUGUAAGGCGGCCUGCUUAGGAAACUGCUCGUGCGUGGGUUAUGCUGAAACUGACGGGAGUGGGUGUGUGGGUUGGUUCGGGGAGAUGCUUGAUAUUAGAGAGUACGAUGAAGGUGGGCAAGAUUUGUUUAUUCGGAUGGCUGCUUCUGAACUUGGGUCCAAUAACAACGACAAACGAACGGUGGCGAUCGUUUCGGUAUCAUCAGUAGCUUUUGUGGUUCUUCUGUUGGUUUCAGUCAGCUGGUUUUUCAUACGGAAGAAGAUGAUUCGCAGAAGCAAAGCUCAGAGACUGAGAAUAAAUAAUCCAAAUCAAGAUUACAAGCCAAGUGUUUCAGAGGAAGACGUAGAGCUGCCUCUUUUUGAUUUCCAUACUAUUGCAUCUGCUACUAACAACUUCUCUUUCACAAAUAAGAUUGGUGAAGGAGGCUUUGGUCCUGUUUACAAGGGUAAGCUCUCAACUGGGCAACAAAUAGCUGUGAAAAGGCUCUCCAAAGACUCAAGACAAGGCCUGAAAGAGUUCAAGAAUGAGGUUAUCUUGAUCGCAAAACUUCAGCACCGAAAUCUUGUUAGGCUCUUGGGGUGUUAUAUUCACGGAGAAGAUAGGAUGUUGAUCUAUGAAUAUGUGCCUAACAGAAGUUUAAAUUUAUACAUAUUCGAUCAAACAAGAGGCACUGCACUUGAUUGGGGGAAGCGUUUUGACAUUAUAGUCGGGAUCGCUCGAGGACUUCUUUAUCUUCACCGUGAUUCAAGGCUACGAAUAAUUCAUAGGGAUCUUAAAGCUAGUAAUAUUCUCUUAGACAGUGAGAUGAAUCCCAAGAUAUCAGACUUUGGCUUGGCAAGAACGUUUGGAGGUGACCAAACUGAAGCGAAUACAACUAGGGUCAUUGGAACAUAUGGCUAUAUGUCUCCGGAGUAUGCAAUAGAUGGGCUCUUUUCCUUGAAGUCUGAUGUCUUUAGCUUUGGCGUACUGGUUUUAGAGAUAGUGAGUGGCAAGAAGAAUAGAGGAUUUUAUCAUCCUGAUCAUGACUACAACCUUUUAGGACACGCAUGGAAAUUAUGGAAUGAAGGCAGGAUCAUGGAACUAAUGGAUGCUUUGAUGGAGAAGCCGGUUCUUGAAUCUGAAAUUUUACGAUGUAUUCAAGUUGGCCUGUUGUGUGUUGCACAACGCCCUGAAGACAGGCCUGCAAUGUCCUCUGUUCUUUUGAUGUUAGACAGUGAUGAUGCUUCACUACCCGAACCUCAACAACCUGGAUUUUACACAGAAAGGUUUCUUGCAGAGGCCGACUCAUCAUCAACAGGGAAAAGACAAUAUGCUACGAACGAAGUAACUAUAACAAUGUUACAGGGUAGAUAGAAGUGUGAUUAAGACUCUGUACAUUUUUAUCACAAAACAUAUGUGGCUCUCUACAUUCAAUAUUUUGCACCAGAUUUUAGAAUGUAUCAUUGCUCAGAAGAUAAACAUUUUGUCAUUGCA